AUGCCUGAGAAGUUCGCUCCGAUCGACACGACGACUUCGCCGGCUGUUGAUUUGCACCAGUCUCCGCUUCCUACUUGGGGCAAAAGGCUUAUGGAAAUCAAACAGUCCAGAGAGCAGAGAAGCGCGGGCAUGGAAGCUGACGGGUUGAAGACGAUUGAGGAUGACAUGGCAUCCGUGAUCGCCGAAGUGGGGGCGAUGUUGGACGACGUGUCCGGCGUCACGAAGGAGCUUAACAGUCAGAUCGCCGGCGUGCUACCAGGGAAAGUCGACAUCGAAAAAAUUGAACGAUCCGCAGCGUCUAUCAAGGCGACGACGGAAACACUCUUGGAUGGUAGCGGGACGCUACGAAGUCGACUGAACGAACUCUGGGCCGCAAAUUCGGCGGAUGAAACUCUGCGAUGUGAACUUGAGAGUUUGAUUGCGGUGGCGUGCGAAGAAAUGGAUGAAAGCUCGAGCGCUGAGGAUACUCGUGAACUCUCUCCAGCGUUGAAAGAAGUUCAAGAAAACAUGCAGACGGACAUGCGCAACGUUCUGGAGAUGGCUGCAGAUCUGGAAACGGCUGUCGAACGGCUCGAGGCUGCGAAAAGAGAGGCAAACAGACCUAAGCCAAAGACGAUUAUUCGUAGCGGCUUGGUUUCAUCAAAGACGGACGCGGCGAAGAGUAUUACAGCUCAAAUGAAUGGAAUAAUGAAGGCCAUAUCGACCCAGGCCGCGGUUAUCGAGGCACAAGCGGAGAAGUUGGAUGCGCUCCUCGCGCGCGUGCAGGAUCAAGGCGUGGAACGCGUGCCGAUAAAGAAGAGCGUAAAGUUCAAAAAUGAUGCGGAACCAGUGACGAAAGUCGCCACAAAACCAGAACCUGCUCGCGCUCUAGAACCAAUGCCACUCAAGACGCCCGUCAAGUUGACCGCACCAGAUGAUGACGACGACAAUAACGGUGAUGUGGAGUCCAUCAUCAUGUCUCGGCUCUCAUCGACGAGAAUCACGACUGUCAAGAAGAGCGUGCCGUCCCCGAAACCGAAGCCAGCGACGCCGAUCAAGUCACCAGCGUUAGCACCACAACCGACAUCUGCGGUAAAGUUGUCUGAACCCACAGAUGAUGCGCCUACGACAGGAUUUAGCGCCAAUUUCUUGACGAAUUCGCAACAAGGGUACGCAGCGGCGCAGAAGGCCGUCGAGGAUGACUCGCGAAUGGCCGCGCCUCCAACCUUGUCGCAGGCAGCAGUUGUCUCCGCUUCUCCGCCGACGAAGUCCGCUACGUCACCCAGUUUCAAACCAGCGUUCGGCUUCACUCCUGUGCAAGAAGCGAAGACUGAGCAAAAGCCGGCGUUUGGUUUUAGUGCACCUGCAGAGGCCAAGCCAAACUCUUCGGAGUCAAAAGCAGCGUUUAGUUUCGCACCUGCACCGAGCUCAGCAGCUGCGACUGAGUCCAAGCCUGUAGAUUCUAGCAAGUCGACGGCACCAAUUAUGGGUUUCAGUGCAGAAUUCUUGGCAAAGGCAAGCAGCGGUUAUCAGAAAGCUCAAGCAGCUCUCGAGGAUGAGCUGAAGGGAACAACCAGUGAAGAGAAGAAAGCCGAACAGAAGUUUAGUUUUGGUAUAUCGUCCUCUAGUUCAGCGGCACCUUCGACGACGGCAAGCGGUGGUGUUUUUGGAGCACCGGCUUCGACACCCGCUGGCGGUUUCUCGUUCAGUAUUUCAUCGAGCAGUGCACCAGCGGCGAAAAAUGAAGAAAAUGAUGCGCAAGUUGCAGCCGCGCCUCGCGCGAGUGCUCCAGCUUUCAGUUUCGCGGCGAAACCAGUCGAGGCAAAACCGGAAGACUCUAAGCAAACGACAGAUCCAGCGAAAGGGGGGGAAUCAAGGAAGCAGGCUACAGCUGAGGAGAAGGAAGCGUCCGCUCCAAUCGCUGCACCUCCGAUGAGUUUCAGUGCUGAUUUCUUGGCCAAGGCAAAUGCCGGGUAUUCAGCCGCCCAAAAGGCUUUGGAGGACGAUCUUGCGAAGGCCACGCCACCGCCAGGAACGCCGCCGGCGUCUUCAACAAGUGAAGGCGCUUCUCUGGCAAAAUCAUUCACCUUAUCGGGCUCUGAGUCGACGAGUCCUGCGCCGAAGUUUGGAAUCGCUCCUGUACCCAAGCCAGCUAGUGCCACGGAGACAACUCCGUCGAAACCUGUGUUUGGAUUCUCUUCAAGCCCCGCUACGACGGCAACUACUAGCACAUCCACAACUUCGUCCACGACGGGUAUUUCCGCCGGGCUCAGUAGUUUUGGUUUUGGAAGUGCGCCGGCGAGCUCGGCAGGGAGCGCGUUUGGUUCUUCCUCUCCUUCCUCAAAUCCGGCUUUCGGUGCAACAAACGCUGCCACGGCGAGCACGCCGGCAUUUGGUACGAUGAGUUCAUUUGGGACCACAGCGACAACAAGUGCCCCCGCUUUUGGCUCGCCGUCUGCCUUCGCUACAACAUCGAAGACGGCUGCAAGUGGCUUGGGAUCAGAUGCAAGUGCACAGUCCACUUUCGGCGCAGCGGCCGCAUCUUCGGCCGGGUUCGGUAAAUCUUCCGGAUUUGGCGUAUCGGCAACAGCUAGCGCGCCGGCGUUCGGUGCUCCGGCUGCGUUCGGCGCUGCGUCGACGACGAGCGCGCCAGCUUUCGGAGCUCCAGCGGCGUUCGGUGCUGCAGCAACAACUAGUGCCCCGGCAUUCGGUGCGGCGAGUGCGAUUGGAGCUAUGGCGUCGACGAGUACACCCGCGUUUGGCACACCGUCCGCCUUCGGAGCCGCAGCAAGCGGAGGAAGUGGCUUUGCGGCGGCGGCCAGUAAACCAUCUGCUUUUGGAGCAGCCGCAGCAACGGCGUCGCCUGGCUUUGGCGCUUCCUCUGCCUUUGGGGCGGCCUCGUUGACAAGUUCUCCUGCGUUUGGUGCAUCAUCCGGGUUCGGCGCAGCGGCCACUGGCUCGAGCGGCUUCGCUUCGGCUGCGAGCAAACCAGUCGUCUUUGGUGCUGCAGCGGUAACCGGAGGUGGUUUCGGACAGGCUGCGAGUGGUUUCGGCGCAUCCACGGGCGGGACAUUUGGAGCCGCCGCCACGCAGUCGUCAAGCGGUUUCGGACAAUCUGCGAGCGCUUUCGGCGCGUCCACUGGUGGGGCAUUUGGAGCCGCCGCCACGCAAUCGUCAAGCGGUUUCGGACAAGCUGCACGCGGUUUCGGCUCUGAUCAGCCCUCGGGCGGGUUCGGACAAGCGUCGAGCGGAUUUGGCCAGGCGUCAGGCGGAUUCGGACAGCCAGCCGGAGGAUUCGGACAGCCAGCCGGAGGAUUUGGACAGCGACCCGCUUCUGGAGGCUUCGGCCAGCCGGCGAGCGGAUUCGGCCAGGCACCGAGCGGCUUUGGACAGCAACCUGCUCCUGGUGGAUUCGGGCAACCGGCAAGUGGUUUCGGCCAGCCUGCGUCUGGCUUCGGACAACCCCAGUCGCCGAGUGGUGGUUUCGGAUCAAGCGACCCGGCUUUUACACAGAUGCGCCGCUAG